CGAGCUCACAGGUAGCUUCAACACACUAAGUCUGGGGAGCAAAUAACGCUGACAACAUCUCCUAGGCAACCAGCUCUCCGUCUCUCGUUCUAUUUCACACUCUCACAGUCUGUUCCUCUCAUUGACUCUCCUUCCAGAGCUCAGCAAGUCACCGCCAGUCCUUCCUCAUCAAAGCACACACACACACUCGGUUCCUGGCUGUUUUUGUCACCCCAGCCAGACAUGGUGAAGCCUGGAUGUAACCUCUCUGAGAAGGCAGAGAAAGAGCACAGUGCAGACGAUGGGUUUGAUAACAUCCCUCUGAUAACCCCUCUGGAUGUUAAUCAGCUUCAGCAGCCUAUCCCCGAGAAGGUCGUGGUGAAGACCAGGACAGAAUAUCAGCUGCAACAGAAGAAGAAGAAAAAGCUACACAUCCCCGGAAUUAAGAAACUGAACAUUAACCUUUAUGAUGAAGUCUCAGAAAAAGUCAAGCUCACUGGAUUGAUUCUUAUUACAAUGGCAUUCCUGGCCUGCCUGUUAAUGCUUGUCAUGUACAAGGCAUUCUGGUAUGAUCAGCUAAGCUGCCCAGAGGGUUUUGUAUUUAAGCAUAAGCACUGUACUCCUGCAGCUCUGGAGAUGUAUUACUCGGAGCAGGAAGCAGGUUCUCGUGGAAGUCUCUACACGGUCAUUAGCCACUUAAGCCAGGCUAAGAGAACCAUGCCCGAUCUGUCAUCGCCAUGGCUACCAGUGCUUCCUGCUUUGAAAGGACCAGCAAAAUCAAAAGAGGAACCUAACAGCUCCCAUCAAUAAAGAAGGAAGACAAAUUCCUCUCGUUGUUCACUGAAGUUCUGAAGUACUCAAGCAUUACAUAAUCCUCUGUAUAAAGAAACGUUCUUUCUUUUAAGGAUGUGUAUGUAUGUGCGGGAUAUCUGCGUGAGAGCGUGUGUGCGUGUGUGUGUGUGUGUGUGUGUAUGUGUGUCCAUGUCCAUGUCUGUGUCUACGUGAAUGUGUGAGCAAACCACAGUCUGUUCGCUUAACAUAUUUAAGUUUUGGUUGAGUGUUGGUGUGAAAAUGAAGGCUAAUUGAGUCUGCCCUGAAAAAAACAGUCCAGCUGCAAAAGGUAAGGUAGAAGAAGCAGGAAAGUGACUAAAAACAUAUUCAUGGAUUUUAGACUUGAGGCACCAGUUUUGAGACAAGGCCUCCCAGAUAUGAAUCAUGGAAUCAUAAAACAUGCAAGGUGGCCUUUUGGCUCUAGUGUCUUUGAAAUGUGCACAAAUAUUUCUGAGCUGUGUUGUGAUUAUUUCAUUCUGCCUAAUUCAGAUACACAAAUAUUAUCAUUUCGACCCUCCCAUGACCCCCAACUUUGUUGCUUAUUAUUAGCAUUAAAAUUCGAUAGCGAAAGGCAAUUAACAAUACAAAAAGCACCCAGAAUGAAUGCCACUUGGUGAUAAACCCAGGAUUUAUAAUUGUGGAAAAAAGAUGCUCUCCAAUUUGGAGCACCCCCAGAUUUGUGAUUGUAAUUGAAUUUGGUUUAGGAAAACCCAUAGCCCUCCCGUCUCGUUUCUGCCCUUUUAGAUGCAAAUAGUCCUGUUUGGGAGCUUUCUUUAUUGCAGUCAGACAUACCUGAAUAGCAAAUGGAUGGAACCCAAGAUUACUGCUGUUUAUAACAAUGUCUUUCUCCUCUCCUUCAUUGAGAUGAUUAACAUUAUUUGCUUUUUUAAAUUCUGGUUUCCCGUCAAAUAAGCUAAUGUGUGCACGGCAGUGGGUAUCCUGUUUUGUGAUGGUGCCACCACAUUAAUAACAUUGAUGAUAUACUUUUGACUGUUAUUACAGUCAAAACAAUCUCAGAGUGUUAUCAAAUGUGAGGCUGGAUGAACACAGCAGGCCAAGCAGCAUCUC